AUGCAUGCAGUCCAAGAACCGGCCAUACUCAUACCCUUUGUCCUCUUUCUCAUCUACAAUAUAUACUCGACAUCGGAGUACCUACGGGCAGACUUGUCAAUCCGAGCAUGGUGGAACAACCACAAAAUGUGCAGAGUCAUAUCUAUGACAUCAUGGUUAUUUGGAUUUUUAAGUGUUAUACUCAAACUCCUAGGCUUAUCGGAGACUAUGUUUGAAGUUACAAAGAAAGAUCAAACCAUCGGUGCCGAUGACACCAAUUCUAAUGCAGGAAGGUUCACAUUUGAUGAGUCCCCAAUUUUUGUGCCCGGCACCGCCAUUUUGUUGUUGACUUUGGCUGCGUUGGCCCUCAUGUUGUUAGGGUUCCGAUCGACAACUGGUGGUGGAGAUGGGUCAGGGGUGGGGGAGAUCAUAUGCAGUGUGUGGGUGGUACUAUGCUUCUGGUCAUUUUUUAAAGGACUGUUUGGGAGAGGAAAAUAUGGAAUUCCGUUAUCUGUUAUAUAUAAGUCAGGGACUCUAGCACUAUUGUUUGUGCAGUUUUGCAAAUGGACCUCAAUGGGUUGA